UCUACUGUUUAGCUGGAUGAAUGCUUGUUAACUGACUACAGAUUUAUCUCGCGUUUAUGCCAUUUUAAUAAAGAGCUCAUUCUAAGUUUUUUUUUUUUGGAAAACUUUUUUAAAAACUAUUUUAAUGGUAAGAUAAUAUGAUAGUUUUUUCGUUUGUGGCUCUUGACCGAUUAAAAUAAAGUUUGGUGGAUUCAAAACAAAGAUGUCCGCUCCCAUGUAAGACAAGGUCUGCCUGAGAACUUCAACACGAUGAGCCGCACCACUAAUCUCCUGCAGCAGAUGACCAUCUUUGUCACUGUGGUUACUGGCGGAGGCUGCGGGAUGAUGUACUACCUCAUGCAGAAAAACUUUGCCAAAUCUGAGUACUAUCAGUCAGCAGUCGAGCAGCUAAACGAUCACUCCACGGCGAUGGCCAACCUGGGAGCUCCGCCUUUAAAAAUCCACAACAUCCAUCUCACCGAUCGGUACAACCGCGUCGAUCACGCCAUCGCCCAGCUUAAAAUCCCUGUGACUGGACCGAAGACCGGAGGCUACCUGUACACAGCAUCCAGCAGAGACGCUGUUAUGAACAGGUGGCAGCUCCAGCGAGUCGCUUUGCAGCUCAAGACCGGCGAGACCAUCCAGAUUUUCCCCAGGACAGAAUCCGAGUAGCUUUUUACACCUUUUUAAGCUUGAUGAGAUGGUUAUGAACUGCAAGUAUUGAUAAACAGACAUGCAAAUGAUUUCAUUAAAAAAUCAAGAACAUUCUCCAUAUUCUGCGAAGCGUGCGAUUGUAAAUUAUGCAAAUUCCAUGCAAAUGACUAGAUGUUUUUUUUUUUGGGACAGACCUGAAAUUCAAGAGGCUAAGAAUUCAUGUAAAUGAGGCUGAAAUUUUAUUAUAUAUUUGGCUCGAAAAAGAUUAUAUUUCUGACAUAAUCUGGUUUGGUUUCUCCUCUAAUGGGUUUGUGUUUUUAGCAGAAAAAGGACAAUUUGUCCUGUGCUGAUUGUCUGCAAGCAGAUUUCCAGACUCAUUUACUUCAUACGGAGACAUUUUGGACAAUUUCAUGCUCUUUGUGGGAACAGUUUGGGGAUGACCCCUUCCUGUUCCAACAUGACUGCAAACCAGUGCACAAAGCAAGGUCCAUAAAGACAUGGAUGAGUGAGUUUGGUGUGGAGGAACUUGACUGUCCUGUACAGAGUCCUGACCUCAACCCGAUAGAACACCUUGGGGAUGAAUUAGAGCGGAGACUGCAAGCCAGACCUUCUCGUCCAACAUCAGUGCCUGACCUCACAAAUGCACUUCAAGAGGAAUGGUCAAAAAAUUUCCCAUAAACACACUCCUAAACCUUGUGGAAAGCCUUCCCAGAAGAGUUGAAGCUGUUAUAGCUGCAAAGGGCGGGAGACAACUCCAUAUUACAUUCAUGUGCAUGUAAAGGCAGACGUCCCAGAACUUUUGCCAAUAUAGUGUAUAUGUAUUUUAUUUUGAUAUGGAGACAAGCCAAUGGUUCAUGGGUGAAAAAAAGGAAAAUGGACCAACAUGUGAAAUAAAAAUAAAACACAUUUUAUUUGUGAUCAUCUCAUCUCUGUGAGGGUGUAUACUGAAAGUUCCACUAGAGGACGCUGUUGAUCUGGAGCGACGCGUUUGUCUUGUUUAUCCCCUGAAAGCACACACAAGCUCCUCGUUAAUCCGACAUCUUUCUGAACCAGAGAGAAAGAGAAAUGGACGUGUGCAUGAAAUAUGUAAUGCGGUUCUGCACAAAUGGCCAAAAAAAAAAAAAUCAAUCGUGCUUGUAUAACAGAGUAAAAAUGCCUCUACUGAGAAAAAUCCCCCAUCUCGAAUAAGCAAACAUUCGUUCAGCGAGAACAAAAGUGCAUUUCUGCACCCUCUUUACCAUAUUCAAAAUGCUUCUCCUCCUCGCUGCGAGUGUUUUCUUUGUCUGUCAGAGGCCGAAACGCUUUGCUAAUAACAGAGCGCCUCAGAUCAUUUCUUUGUCUGCAUGAAAGCAUUGGAAAAUUUCUUUAUGUUGUCUGAAAUUACGUCUCAACAAUUUCCUUUCCAUUUUUGAAUCUCAAGACCUAAAA